UUCUUUCUUUCUUUUUCUUUUUUUUUUCCCUCUCUCUUUUCUUUUGGAAACAUGGAUCAUGUACAUACUACUGGAGAUAAUUUAGAUUUAGACAUCGACUUGGAGAGUGGGGGAACAACCAGCGGAGAUGACAAUAGUAGCAAGAGCCAAAACCCAAGUUGUAAAACCUCAAAAAAUGUAAUGGGCUGGAUAAGGAAUGGGUUUAUGAAUUCAGAGUCACAAUGUAGUUACAAGAGUGAUGGAGAUUGUUCAUUGGGUUCGUACGAAAAAACAACGAGUUCGGACGAGAUUACAGCUGAGAACAAGGAGCAGCUGGGGAAGUUUAGAGAAGAUGAGAAGAUGGGUUCUGUAAAUAAUGAGGAGAAGCCUAAGAAGCACAAUCAUGGAAAUCCAUGUAAGCCUCCACGUCCUCCCAAAGGCCCCUCGUUGAACGCAUGCGAUAUUAAGUUGAUGAAAGAAUUAAAUGUGCUCAACCUGAAACGUAAGAGGAUGGAAAGAAGAAGGUUGAGGAAAAUGAGAAAGGACAAGUCAUCAUCUUGGGCCAGUAAUAUAUUUGCAUGCCUGCUGACCCUGCUGUUUUUGCUGGUCAUCAUCUUUCAAGCCACGUCCCAAAGUAGUAUGGCGAGAAUUGCAUUCUUGGUUCACGAAUUUGAUGUGCUCAGCCAACUUUUCAACUUAUUAAAUCCACGCUUGCCAAUUAUGAGAAGGAUAUCGCGAGCAGAGCCUCCACAUGAAUCUAAUUUCUUGACUAUGUGGUGUAUCAAUGAGAUCGCAACAAAGAACCAAAUCCAAAUCCUUGUGUGCCCACUUGUGAAAAGGUUGACCACUUUCAUGGACAAUUCUACAAACGCCAUUGGGAGCUUCAUAGUCCACUUCACAACCGAAUCUCGCUCACCACACAUGAAAAUUGCUCAUCUAGCUUUUAAUGGCUCGGCUCUAGGCCUCCACAACCCAAGCCUGAAUUCCAAGUCUCUUGAGCUUUAUGGUUCGAGUGACGAGAAGCUUCUGCAGGUCCCCAAUCUCAGAUUCCAGCUUUUCCACAUGAUUCUCCAAUCCUCUCCCCACUCCGUUCAAGAACUCCGGUACACCAACUUUCACUGCGAUCCCAACAACACAAGCAUACACGUUGAGAUACGAUCGUCUCUCCCUGUAAAUACUUACCAACAAAAUGGCCAGAUUUGGAGGAGAAGUUUACUAUCCCAGGUAAAGAAGAUGAAUGGCUCGAGGCGGAGGACAAUCUUCCACACCAGGAUAAGAUAUGUCUCAAAGCCAUGUCCAAAGUCCGGAAAUUGA